CACAUUGUGCUCUUCCGUGUCAGAUACAGAGUGGGUCCGUCUAUAAGCCUCGGUUCAAUACCGGACAGCGACAUGCCGAAUAUCAAAAUAUUCAGCGGUAGUUCUCACCAGGAUCUGUCACAGAAGAUCUCUGACAGAUUGGGACUGGAAAUGGGUCGUGUCGUUACCAAGAAAUUCAGCAACCAGGAGACAUGUGUAGAAAUUGGGGAGAGUGUACGUGGAGAAGAUGUAUACAUUGUGCAGAGUGGCUGUGGAGAAAUAAAUGACAACCUAAUGGAGCUCCUAAUCAUGAUCAAUGCGUGCAAGAUAGCUUCAGCCUGCCGUGUUACUGCUGUAAUACCUUGCUUUCCAUAUGCCCGUCAGGACAAGAAGGACAAGUCACGAGCGCCAAUCUCUGCCAAGCUUGUUGCCAACAUGUUGUCUGUGGCAGGUGCGGAUCACAUAAUUACAAUGGACCUCCAUGCAUCCCAGAUCCAGGGUUUUUUUGAUAUCCCAGUGGAUAAUCUCUAUGCAGAACCAGCAGUCUUAAAAUGGAUUCGAGAGAACAUACCAGAGUGGAAAACAUGCACAAUUGUUUCUCCGGAUGCAGGGGGAGCAAAGAGAGUGACAUCAAUCGCUGACCGUUUGAAUGUGGACUUCGCUCUGAUUCACAAGGAAAGAAAGAAAGCCAACGAGGUGGAUCGUAUGGUGUUGGUUGGGGAUGUAAAAGAUAAAGUUGCUAUACUUGUUGAUGACAUGGCAGACACCUGUGGAACUAUUUGUCAUGCAGCAGAAAAACUUCUUUCAGCUGGAGCGACAAAAGUAUAUGCCAUUUUGACACAUGGUAUAUUUUCUGGUCCAGCUAUUUCACGGAUUAAUAAUGCUUGUUUUGAAGCCGUGGUGGUGACCAACACAAUCCCCCAAGAGGAGAAGAUCAGACACUGCUCUAAAAUCCAGGUUAUUGAUAUCUCCAUGAUCUUAGCUGAAGCCAUUCGAAGGACCCACAAUGGAGAAUCUGUCUCUUAUCUGUUCAGCCAUGUACCCUUGUAGUGGCCGUAAUAGUAGAAGACCGUUACAACUCUGGUCCUUGGCAAAACUCUUUAUAAUCAUCCUUCCACAGGAUACUCUGAAGAUAAGAAAUGCCCUUCCAUCAUAUUCUCCUUACUACCUGUGUUAUGGAACAUUGGUGUGUUGCUCUGCUACCGAACAGGAGAAGUGGCAUUUAAUGUCCUAGGCCAAAUGCCUCCAGCAUCACUGACUUGGAGAAAAUUGGAACAGCUGUCCACUGAUUUUAUUUUGUGUUUUUGGUUUUACGAACUGUAUUAGGAAAACAAGCUGUACUUUUGGACAGAAUGGUAGGCGGCAAUGAAAGAACACUUUGUAUUUUGUUUUUCUUCGUUGUCUAAAUAAAAUGAGCUGCCUUA